CAGUAGUUGGAGGUGGCAGCGGAGGAGAAGAGAUUGAGGGGGUGGCGGCAAUAGUAGUCAGUACCGGAGCCGUUGAGUUGUGGUAGCGGGCGGGGCCUGAACCAGUAUCAGGACUGGGGUAGCAGGAAGGAUCCUACUCGUUUCCCUUCUCUCCCUUCACUGGUUGCUCAUUGCCUGCCGGUCGUUGCUGGGUGCGCGAGCAGGGACGGAAGCCGGCAAGGUCUGCGCGUGCGGGGGCGCGAGCCGUUGUCCCCCGUCCCCCCCGUUCUCGUGCCAUUGCCGCCGCUGCUUGCCGGGGUGCAGAGAGCUGCGCUCGGCCUCGCCCUCACCUUCACCUUCGCCUGUCCUUUCCCUUCCCCUCUCCUCGCAGACGACGACUCCCCAGGCACCGCAGAGGGGCGGACGGGGGGAAACAUUCCCGCACCCAGCGGUUAUGUAAGCCCCGGGCCCGCGCGCCCCCAGCCCUGACGACCGAAAGUAGCAGAGCGGCGGCAGGGCCCGGGACAGUGCCCUCUCGUUCCCUGCCUUUGGGCUUCACCUCGUCAGGGGAAGAAGUUGGGGAAUUCGGAGGUGGUUGCAAGCCCGACUUGGCACCAGAACCAGACUUUUGACUUUCAGUGGAUGUGUCUUAAAAAAGCAUCGCUGUUUGUUUUCGUAGGCGACGUGGGGAGACGUCCUGAAAUCAUGGGACUGCAUUAAAAGAAAAACAGGCAGUACUUGAAGCCUUGACAAAUGCAUCCCAGGUUGAAAAACUGCUACAGUCCUCUUCCUCUUCCUCCUUUAGAAAAUUGACUUUCUAGAAGAGGUAAGAGAGAAGCAAAAAUAAGAAAAUGCUGGGGUCAGAACGAGGCGUUGUGGAAGAAUGGCUGUCAGAAUUCAAGGCUUUACCCGAAACACAGAUUUCCAGCUAUGCAGCUACAUUGCACCGAAAAAAGCCACUGGUACCAGCUCUAUAUAAAGUCAUUCAAGAUCCAAAUAAUGAGCUCCUGGAGCCUGUUUGCCACCAGCUCUUUGAACUUUAUCGUAGUUCUGAAGUUCGGCUCAAGAGAUUCACGCUGCAGUUCUUGCCAGAGUUGAUCUGGGUAUACCUGCGUCUCACUGCCAGCAGAGACAGGCAGAGUAACGGUUGCAUUGAAGCAUUGCUACUUGGCAUUUACAACUUGGAAAUUGCUGAUAAAGAUGGAAACAACAAAGUUUUGUCUUUCACCAUCCCUUCAUUGUCUAAACCCUCAAUAUAUCAUGAGCCCUCUACUAUUGGAUCCAUGGCAUUAACAGAAGGAGCUCUAUGUCAGCAUGAUCUCAUCAGGGUAGUUUACAGUGAUCUUCAUCCUCAGAGAGAAACCUUCACAGCACAGAACCGUUUUGAGGUGCUGAGCUUUCUUAUGCUGUGCUACAAUUCUGCUAUUGUCUAUAUGCCUGCCUCUUCUUACCAAUCACUUUGUGGGAUGGGUUCCAGACUCUGCGUGAGUGGAUUUCCACGGCAGCAUGAGAAACGCUGGAAAGAACACUGCGGUAGAGUGGUGUUAGAUCCUGACUUCAUGGUGCAGCUGCUCACAGGUGUUUAUUAUGCCAUAUACAAUGGUCAAUGGGAUCUUGGCCAGGAGGUAUUGGAGGACAUAAUUUACAGAGCACAGCUUGAACUCUACUCACAGCCUCUGCUGGUUGCAAAUGCCAUGAAGAACUCGCUGCCCUUUGAUGCUCCUGAUGCAUCACAAGAAGGCCAGAAGGUACUGAAAGUAGAAGUUACUCCGACAGUGCCAAGGAUUUCUCGGACUGCUAUUACAACAGCUUCUAUUCGUCGUCAUCGCUGGAGGAGAGAAGGUAUUAAAGUACGGAAGGACAAGACUCAAAUGACACUCAGUGCAAAGAGAUUUGUGAAGAAACUUGAGGAUAUUUCAAAUGAUGAAGCUCAAGAGAUCCUGGAAGAGAAGAACUAUGUUGCUGCUCUUGGAAUAGGUGCUCAAGAUCCAAUGGGAAAUGGCUCAGCGGUAAGUGGUGGUGAAGUUUAUACGUUCCAGACUCCCAGACGCUCUAGCAAAAUGUCACAGUUGGCCUCCGAAUUAGCCCAGACACCAGGACAGUAUGUUGAACCCAAUUACUCUAAGUGCCCUGAGAAGACAGUCAAAACACCUCAAAGCAGCAAACAUUCAAGUUCAAAUAAAGUUCAGCAGAGGAGUAAAAAGAAAGAAUUUAUCUCUACCACACCUUACAGACUCAGAAAGAGACUGACAGUUGCAGAUCCCUAUUUAGAAAGUGAGAGUGAAUACUCUGCUUCCUGCUCAGAGGAGGAGGAUGAGGAAGACCAGAAAGAAUCCAGCACUCUUUUAUCAAGUCAGAAGACCCCAGCAAAAACUAAAGCUACAUCUGUACCUCCUCCCAGAAACAUUCUAGCCAAAAAAAUUAAGGAGGACAAGAUGAGCAACCUGGUGGAGGAAUACUUUGAAGCUCACAGUAGUUCUAAAGUGCUUACUUCGGAUCGAACACUGCAGAAGUUGCGGAAAAAAAGAUUGGAUCAGCAAACACUGCAUGAUCUUUUGAGAAAAGCUCCCCUUGCCUAUGAAGCUGAAAUCAAAAUGCUAAACCAGCAACAUGAAAAUCUGUUUUCCAAGUGGAUGCUGCAAUUACACUUGGGUUUCAAUAUUGUGCUUUAUGGACUGGGCUCAAAGCGUGAUCUGUUAGAGAAGUUUCGUACCUCUGCGCUCAAGGAUUCUGUACACCUUGUGGUUAAUGGAUACUUCCCCAGCAUCACUAUAAGAUCUAUUCUCAACUCCAUUACAGAGGAGGUACUGGACCAUGUAGGAACCUUCCGCAGCCCACCUGACCAACUUGAAUUCAUCACUAAAAGGUUUAAAGAAGAUUCAUCUUUAGAACUCUAUAUCCUCAUUCAUAACUUGGAUGGCCAGAUGUUGAGAGGAGAAAAAAGUCAACAGAUCCUUGCACAGUUAUCCUCUCUGCCUAGCGUUUACUUCAUUGCCUCUAUUGAUCACAUCAAUGCUCCUCUCAUGUGGGAUCAGGCAAAACUAAGCCUCUACAACUGGCUUUGGUAUGAAAUAACCACAUUUAGUCCUUAUGUGGAAGAAACAUCUUAUGAGAACUCAUUUUUAGUACAACAAUCUGGAUCUUUGGCUUUGAGCUCUCUAACGCAUGUCCUGCGCAGUCUCACUCUCAAUGCCAGGGGUAUAUUCAGACUGCUUGCUCAGUACCAGCUGGAGAACAAGAACAACCCAUCUUAUCCAGGGCUGUCUUUCCAAGACUUCUACCAGCAGUGUCGAGAGGCUUUCCUUGUGAACAGUGACUUGACACUCAGGGCACAGCUGACAGAAUUCAGGGACCACAAGCUCAUCCGGACCAAGCGGGGAGCUGAUGGUGUGGAAUACUUAUUAAUUCCUGUAGAUGACGGUACCUUGACUGACUUCUUAGAGAAAGAGGAUGAAGCUGUGUAACGUCUCUCUGUUCUCAAAGCAUCUAUAACAAUUGCUCUCAAGGGCUGAUGGAGAGGGGCCUGUACUUGGAUAUCUCUUCCCAAGGCUGCUGGACCACUUACUGAAAUGUAGUAAUUGUAAUGAACAAUGCUGCUUGUUCAGCUACUUUAGGUAGUUUGGAAUGAUGACUUCUGUGAGUAAGGCAUCUCCUGCUCUGUAGAUUUGUCUGUUUUGUCUCUCAGCUCAGAUGAAGCCUUCUUCAUAUCUAUGCAGCCAGCCUUACAGCCAUAAAAAUGAGCUUGGUAAGACUGUGCCUUCUGCUCUCUGCCACAGCAGACAGGAGGGUUUGGUUGGAGCAGUUGAGAAAUGCAAAUCACUAGAUGGUCACAGCUUUAGUUUGUACCUAGAGGUGCAACUUUUAUCUCAACUGAGUGCUUUGCAGUACUCCUUUACCAGUAGGACAAGACUAGCUUCCAGUGUAUGAAGAAGUCAAGAUUUGUAAUGCUAAGAGACCUGCCUUGACUGCAUAAGGAGAAUACUGGUGGGUCUGGGAUGCUGUGGGUAGUUUCUGGCAACAGAACUGAAGGACUUGUCCCAAACCUGAAUCCCUUUAUAAAAAGAUUUAGAUAAACAGAAUUGUGGUGGAUUCAAGCUGUGCCUGUUCUGAGGGUGAGAGAAUCCAUCCUUUUUUCCAUCAGCUUUUGAAGUUGCAAUCCAGGAAUAUGAAGAGGCUGUAAAGUUUUUUGUUUAUUUUUUAAAAGCUUGAUUGUAUAUAUGUAUUUUUUACAUCAGGAGUGUCCACCGAUCCUGGAGGCCUUAAACGCCAUUUAUAAGCUCUCCCUUUUUUAAAAGUCCUUAGAGGUUGGGAGACUGCUGAAGUUUGACAGCUUUUCGUCACUUUUGUUCUCAGGUAUGUGGGAGUUCCAACAAGUGCAGUCUGCCAACCAGACUGCAGGGACUCUUUAUGUCUAAUGUUUGGUACCUGUGUUACAUACAGUUCAAUGUUCAAA